AUGUUAUUACAGUUCAUUUCUUUGGUACAACAUGGCUUUGAAGGAUUUAAUGAUGAACAGAGUUUUGUUAACAAACAAGGUUUUGACAAAGAGGAUUUUGUUAAUGGACAGAGUUCUGAUGAAGAGGACAAUACUGAUGAUAAAUGGGAUUCUGAUUCUUUGAAUGAGAAUAGCCAAGAUUCAAAUAAUUUAUUAAUAAUAUAA